UUUGAUUUUAAAAUUUAAAAAAAAAAAUCGAGUUCAUGGUAAAGACUAAAAUGUUUCUUUCUUUAAAUUUAAUUUUCCUAUUGUUUGUGUUACGACAUAAAAAACAUUGAAAAAUAAUUAGCAAAAAAAGAAAAAUUAACCGUUGAAACAGAGUACAAAUAUUGGAAUUUAUUCAAAUAUUGAAAGGAAGAGGAGUAGGCAAUAAUUGAAUUUUUUUAUAAACUAAAACUAUAAGGUGCAAAAUCAGCCUCCAAAAAAUUUUUCUAAAACUUCAUAGAGGCAACAUGAACAUCAUGGGGCAGUUUGAGUCACUGAAAAUUGCGUAAAAAAAUUUUUGAUCCGAGUUUGAUUAAUAAUUAAAAAGAAUUUAACGUCGAUCAGAUUGAGCCCUUCAGUAAAUUUGAAAUCGAUCAAAUUUAAUUUAAAAAAUUACACUUUUCAACCCAAAAUUCGUGGAAACAAAAAGUAAAUUUAAUUUUGAGAUAUUUGAAGAGUUUAAUUCUUUUCAGGGGACCCAACUUGCCCGCGCCCCUUCCCCGAUAUAGACUAGUCUGUUAAAUCGUUAAUCUGUCACUAUAGUAACGUUAUAUUUUCCGUCUAUUGUUGACUUUUCAUUUAUAUUCAAUUAUUACAGUAAUACUUUGCUGAAUAUACUAACGUGUACAGUGACAUGAAAUUUAAUUAACAUGCGCAGACUUUAUUGAAUAAAAAAUUUAAUAAAUUAGUUUAAAAAAAAAAAAAUAUUUUAAUUAUGGAACGCGAAAUUGCGAUUGCGAGAAUUAAUGCAAUUUUAACGGAAUUAAUAACACAAGUAAAGAAAAAAUGUUGUACGUCAAAUGUAUGUGAGUCGCCGAGUAAUAAAGAGCGAAGCAGUAGAUUGGAAAAUUUAAUAAAGAUGUUAGAUGUUCUUGGACGCAUUAUUGAAAUGCGAAUGCGAACGUCACCUAAAGAAGAACGUGAGCGCGCAUCUGCUUUGGCAAGCGCACUUGUUGAUGGUGAAAAAGCUCGAGUGGAAGCUGAGAGUAAGCUUGAAAAAUCGAUUUUAUGUCUGGAAUUACGAACAACUUUACACCAGAUACUACUUUUUUUAUCAUUUGUUUUACUUCCUUUUCUCAGUUGUUUAAUUUUUUUUUGUUCGUUAGAUUUGAAGAGCACAAUCGAAACUGAAAAAAUUUUGCAUCAACAUUUUAUAAAUGAUAUAAAAGGACAAAUCGCUGAAGAAAAAAUCCUCUUAGAAGGGAUUAAGGCCAAACAAAAAUGGGAAAAUGAAGAAAAAAAAAAAAAAACUGAAGAGAUUAUAGAAAAUAUUACGGAAAAAAAAUUAAUUGAAGAAAAAAAAAUUCAAAGAGAAAUAAAUUUAAAGAGUGCUGAGUACGAAGCUAUUUAUGAGAUAAAUAAAACUAAUGAGGAAGAUUUAUAUAAUAUGCGGAAAACAGCAGAACGAAAUUAUUUAGAAAUACUUGCCAAGUAUGAUAAAGACGUUGGAAUGCUUUAUCGGACAAUGGAAUCUUUGAUAGAAGAAUCUAAUGAGUUAGAAGUAAAAUUGAAAAUUCUCGAGAAUAAAGUAUCAGUACAAGAAAAAGAAUACGAGGAAUUAAAAAACGAACGUGAAUUAUCAAUUUUGAAGGCAUUUACUGAAACUUUGGAUAAUUUUAAAAGAAAUCGUGCUGCUAAAAUAAUACAACGUGCUUGGCGAGGAUAUCUUGAACGUCAGUUACUAAGAAAGAAAAAGAAAUCAAAGAAAAAAAAAUAAAUAUAUAAUUUUUUUUAAAAUAAUUGAAUAAUUCAAUUGUACAAGACAAUUAUGAUUUUUUUAAAUAUAAUAGAGUAAGAAAAAAAAUAUGCUAAUAUUGAUUUUAAGAACCCUGAGCCAGAAUCACAUAUCAUUUCUCUAUUCCCACUUUCCUGUUCUCAUUCUGUCUAUACUCCAUUUUAAACCAAUUAUAUUAGUUAUAUAUAUUAACUCAUAUCACUAUUUUCGCAUAUGUGCACAAAUCGAUACUAAUAUUAACUCGUGCUCUUUAUAUUAUUUCAAGUGCAAUUUAUUUUUAGAGAAUCCUGGCUCAAAUCCAACCUCUGGAUAAACCCAAUAUUAUCACGUUA